GGAAGGAGGAGUGUUCCGUGUCGAAGGAGCGCUUCUGCAUUGGUCGAGAAUAAAACAGCACGAAACUUUUGACGUGUUUUAAAGACGCUCGAGAUGAUAAAGAUGGCUCUGAGGUAGUGAUGUGAAGGAACGUCGGUGACCGAAUGUAGUGUUUCGCUGCUUUAUGUCGAGCGCUAAAAGACGUUUUCUCGCAAAUGGCGCCAAAACCGAGGUUAUUUUCUGAAAGUAAAGCGGAUCCACAAAAUAAGGAAAACAUGAAAACACUCUCCAGUCAUGUGUUCGUGAUUCAUGAACCUGACAGAGUCUGGCUUCCAAACAAGAAGGAGAAACUGCAGGUUUAACAGCUGUUGUUGUGAAGAUGGAGUUUGUUAAAGAGGAGAGUGAAGAAACGCGUGGAGUGAAAGAGGAAGAAGCUGAGGAACGGAGAGACCUGGUGGAAGUGAAAAAGGAAAGUGAAGAACUGAAUGAAGGGGAGGAGAAACAGCAGAAUCAGGAACCUCUGGAAAAGUCUUUCAGUUGCUCUCAGAUUGAGAAUAAAUCCUCGAAGGAAGCAACCGAGCCCAAUAAUUCAUUCAUGUGUCCUCAAUGUGGAAAGACCUUUACUUGUAAAAGAGACCUCAAGAGGCACAUAAGAAUCCACACCGGAGAGAAACCGUUCCCGUGCUCUCAGUGUGGAAAGAGUUUCGCCAAUUCAGGAGAUCUGAAGAGACACUUGAGAAUUCACUCGGGAGAGAAGCCUUUCAGCUGCCCUCAGUGCGGGAAGAGCUUCACGCAGAAGGAAGGUCUGAAGGAACACAUGAAGAUCCACUCGGGAGAGAAACCUUUCGCGUGCAUGCUGUGCGGGAAGAGCUUCACGCAUCAAAACAGCUUGAAAAGACACAUGAAGGUCCAUUCAGGAGAGAAGCUGCACCAGUGUCCUGAAUGCGGCCGGAGGUUUUCAGAGGCCUGCAAUCUCAAAACUCACCUGCUCUCUCACACCGGAGAGAGACCCUUUCACUGCCAGCGCUGCGAUAAGAAGUUCUUCCUGGCCGUGCAUUUGAAGACGCACAUGAGGAUCCACGAAGACGAGCGGCGCUACGUGUGUUCCUUCUGCGGGAAGAGCUUUCUGUGGCUCAACGGCUUCAAGGACCAUCAGAAGAUUCAUACCGGCGAGAAGCCCUACGUGUGUCUGGACUGCGGGAGUACUUUCACCAGAGCCGGGGAACUGAAGGUGCACGAACGCAUCCACACCGGAGAAAAACCCUACAAGUGUUCUCACUGCGAGAAGAGCUUCACAGUUUCAGGAGCCCUUAAAGUACACGAAAGAGUUCACACCGGAGAGAAACCGUACCUCUGUCCGUCGUGCGGGAAGACUUUCAGCCGCUACGGAAAUCUAGGGAAGCAUCUAAAGAAGGCUUGUCCAAAGCUGAGACGGAUGUGAGCCGAUGGACUGGAGUGCUGUGGAUUAUUGUGAGGUUUUUAUCAGCUGUUUGGACUCGUUCUGACGGCACCCAUUCACUGCAGAGCAUGCGUCACUGAGACACAUUUCUCCAGAUCUGAUUGAGAAACAAACUCACCCUGAUCUUGGAUGAUCUGAAAGUGAGCACAUUUUCAGCUAAUUUCCAUUUUUAGGUGAACUAUCUCAUAAAAUAAAUAAUUAAAACCUGCUCAUCAUGACUGCUUUAUGGGAACAGGAAUGUGAUUCGUUCUAUAGUGUGUGUAUAUUUUUUUUAAUGCAAUGAAAAAUUACUAAAAAGUGUUUUUGUUUCUCA